CUUGUUCUGUCUGAGCUGUCAUUGGCGUGAGUGGUCGGUUGGAGUGGGGGUAGUUCGGUUUACGGCCGUGGGGCCGGCUCCGCGCGACAGUUUUGCGGCAGAAGGAGUGGAGUCGGGAUGGCGUCGGGGAGCGGGACAAAAAACAUGGACUUCCGCAAGAAGUGGGACAAAGAUGAAUAUGAGAAAUUGGCACAGAAACGGUUGCAAGAAGAAAGAGAGAAGCGAGAUGCAAAGCCUCCAGUACCAAUCAAGCGUGAACUUUUACGUCACAGAGAUUAUAAAGUGGAUUUGGAAUCCAAAUUAGGAAAAACCAUAGUCAUCACAAAGACGACACCCCAGUCUGAAAUGGGAGGAUAUUACUGCAAUGUUUGUGACUGUGUAGUGAAGGAUUCCAUCAACUUCUUGGAUCACAUCAAUGGCAAAAAACGUAAGUGA